UAAUAUCAGGAGCACAAAGAUGGCGGCCUCCCUGUUUCGGAUAGGACGACUCGGAACAUUGAAGUGUCUCCAGCAGGAUGGCUGGGGCUCUCUGAGAAGCCCACUCACUGCGGCGUUCUGCACUAAAGCUGAGGCGCCCAAGAAACCAGCAAAGAAGGCUAAGACAUGUUCUCAGCCUGAUGAGAGGGCUGCUCUGCUAGCCUACAAGACCACUGUUGCCUUCCCUACUAGACUUUCCACUCCAGGAUUUCUCAGUCAAGGUGUUGCGCUAGGUGAAUCUGAGCGAAGCGGGGAUCCCAUGACAGGUGAGAGUGCAGCAGCUGCUGCUAGUGCAGAACCCGUUCCCUCAGCACCUCAAGUUUCAGCUGAGGCUUCGAGUGAAGAAAGGGUCUCCACUGCCGAUGCCACACAAGCUGAAUCGGUUGUUGAUGGUUCUGCCAAAGCCGAAACUGAAAGCCGUGAUGUUGCUGCAGAAAGGGCUGCUGAAAAAGAUGUAACAAGUCCAACUAGUGCUGAUGUGAAGGCACCAAAAGAUGCUCCGUCUUCCUCGUCCUCAUCCAGUGAUUCAGAUUCCGACUCGGAUUCUGAUGAUGAUGAUGAUGAUGAUGAAGAGAAACCAGACAAGACUGAAAUGACUGAACCAGUAGUCAAGCCUGAAGAUAAAGCAGGACAGGAAGAAAUGUCCUCGGCUGUGAGUGAAGAGCCUGCUUCAGAUACGAAGACCAGAGCUGUUCCUGAACGUGGACAACCUUCUGCUCCUGAAAGAGCACUUAAAGGAGCACCUGAAGUCGCCAAAGCUGUGCGUGAACCUACGUCUGAAGAACCUACGUCUCCAAGCACAGCAGCAGCGGUUUCGUCAGAAGACAUAAUCGACCCUGCUCCUGUCUCGUGCACGGCUGAGAGCAUUAAAGGUCAAGCAGAGGUUGGACCAGAAAAAGAAGCAAGUGUAGAGGUGAAGUCUUCAGAAGUUCCUCAUGCCAUCCCUGAACCAGCCACUGAAGGAGCCCCUGACAUAGCUGCCAAACCCACGCCAGACGUUGUCCGUGAUCCUGCUACAGAAGUGGGAUCUGGAUCUGAAGUUGAAAUCAAAGUUGCACCAAAGACGACGGAAGCUGCAGCUGCUCAUCCUGAAGAGUUAAUCGACCCGGCUCCUGUAAUUACUGAUGCAGAAGAAGUCGUCACAGCUGAACCUGAAGUAGCAGCUGCACCAGAGGAAGCAGCCCCUGAACCUGAACCCGAACCCGAGCCAUUCGACAACACCACAUACAAGAACCUGCAACAUCACAGUUACAGCACUUACACGUUCAUGGAUAUGGAUGUGGAGAUGGCCAAGCACCGUCUGCCCCAACCCUCUACAGGAAGAUCCUCACCCAAGCACUGAUCUCCCCCUCAGGGGGGCCUGUGAUCUCCUUCCUGUUCUCCACGGUGAUUAACGUCCUCCAGCUUUUGCUUUGUGCUGGUUUGUCUUUCAGGUGGUUGACCACACUGCAACUUUCUGGUGAAAUGCUUGUAAUUCCAUUAAAGUACAAAUAUUAAUUUAA